UCUCUCUCUCUUGCUGUGUGCAUGUGUAUGAAAAUGUGUUUGUCCAUCACAGCCUGCUUACCAGACCAGCGCAGACGCCCUCCGAGUGUGACUUCCUCCAUUAAGUUAGAAAGAACAGCAGCAGGUAAAUGAAGUACACAUUUCAGUCAGAUGAGUGCAUGGUCAUCACUAUACCUCUGGGCAGUCUCAGAGAUGCUCAGGAGGGCCAGCUGAUGCCUGAGAAGUUCCACUGUGUCUUCAAAGAUGUCUACAAGGUCUUCCUCAAGGGUCAGCCUAAAGCUCUGGGGGCAGCUCAGCUCAUUGCUGGAGUCCUUGUCUUGAUUCUGGGGCUACUGCUUGUCCAGCACAGACCAUUAGUUCUGAUCUACACCAUGCCCAGUGUCCUGUUUGUUGCUGCCGGAAUACUGACCUAUGCUGCAGGUCAUUCUCCAGAUAUGUGUGUGGCCAAACUGUCAUUUUCCUUGAACAUCGUCAGCUGUUUCUGGACAUUAGCUGCUGUUGCUCUCUGCACUGCUGAUGUUAUCUCUUUUGGUUUCCACGGGGACCAUCAAGAGGUAUUUUCUGGAAUCAAAUGGAUGAUUGUAGUUCUCCUGGUCAUUGAACUGGUCGUUGCCAUGGUGGUGAUCUACUGGGAGAGUAAAGCAGUGUGCAGACAGCACUUCAACAUUCUGCCCAUGGUCACCCUGAAGCAGGACGUAUGAACAAACAACAAACAAUUAAGUGAAAUCAUUACUAAACUUGUAUGACAUUUGUUUUACUUGUGCCAAUUCAUAGUGGUUACAGAUAGUCUUCACAUUGUGUUUAUUAUUAUGAUGUAGUAUUGAUUACCUAUAAUGUAGUAGUGAUUAUAUAUGAUGUAGUAGUUGUUACCUAUGAUGUAAUAGUGAUUACCUAUGAUGUAGUAGUGAUUACCUAUGGUGUAGUAGUGAUUACCUAUGAUGUAGUGGUGAUUACCUAUGGUGUAGUAGUGAUUACCUAUGGUGUAGUAGUGAUUACCUAUGGUGUAGUAGUGAUUACCUAUGGUGUAGUAGUGAUUACAUAUGGUGUAGUAGUGAUUAAUAGUGUGAUAGGGGCGGCAGGUAGCCUAGUGGUUAGAGUGUUGGGCCAGUAACCGAACGCUUGCUAGAUCGAAUCCUGAGCUGACAAGGUAAAAAUCUGUCAUUCUGCCCCUGAACAAGGCAGUGUUAACCGGUAGGCUGUCAUUGUAAAUAAGACAUUUGUUCUUAACUGACUUGCCUAGUUAAAUAAAGGAUAAUACAAAUACAAAAUUA